CCCUCGCAAGGAGCUGCGCGGGGGACCCCGAUGCACCCGUUCCAGUGGUGCAACGGAUGCUUCUGCGGUUUGGGGCUGAUUUAUACCAACAGAUCUUGCACGAUGCCCCCCAUCACCUUCCAGGAUUUACCGUUGAACAUCUACAUGGUGAUUUUUGGCACUGGCAUCUUCGUCUUUGUCCUCAGCCUCAUUUUUUGCUGCUACUUCAUCAGCAAACUUCGGCAUCAGGCACAGAGUGAAAGAUUUGGAUACAAAGAGGUGGUUUUGAAAGGUGAUGCCAGAAAACUAAACUUGCAUGGGCAGACUUGUGCCGUCUGCCUAGAAGACUUUAAAGUGAAAGAUGAGCUGGGAGUGUUGCCAUGCCAACAUGCCUUCCACAGAAAGUGCCUUGUGAAGUGGCUGGAAGUCCGGUGUGUCUGCCCCAUGUGCAACAAGCCCAUUGCAGGCCCUGCAGAGCCUCACCAGAGCAUCGGGACCCUCCUGGAUGAGCUGGUGUGACGUUCGUCUCCCCCCCCCCCCCAC